AUGCAGCACUACGGGGUGAAUGGCUACUCGCUGCAUGCCAUGAACUCGCUCAGCGCCAUGUACAACCUGCACCAGCAGGCGGCCCAGCAGGCCCAGCACGCCCCCGACUACCGGCCUUCGGUGCAUGCGCUCACACUGGCCGAGCGCCUGGCUGACAUCAUCUUGGAGGCCCGCUAUGGCUCCCAGCACCGCAAACAGCGUCGCAGCCGCACAGCGUUCACGGCUCAGCAGCUCGAGGCCCUGGAAAAGACCUUCCAGAAGACUCACUACCCGGACGUGGUGAUGCGUGAGAGGCUGGCCAUGUGCACCAACCUGCCUGAGGCCCGGGUGCAGGUGUGGUUCAAGAACCGCAGGGCCAAGUUCCGGAAGAAGCAGCGCAGCCUGCAGAAAGAGCAGCUCCAGAAGCAGAAGGAGGCUGAGGGAUCCCAUGGGGAAGGCAAGACUGAGGCCCCAACCCCAGACACCCAGCUGGAGACUGACCAGCCCCCCAACUUGCCCAGCAGCGACCCCCCUGCUGAGCUUCACCUGAGCCUGUCUGAGCAGUCGGCCAGUGAGUCGGCCCCUGAAGACCAGCUGGACCGGGAGGAAGACCCCCGGGCAGGGACUGAGGAUCCCAAGACCGAGAAGAGCCCUGGGGCUGAGAGCAAGGGGCUGGGCUGCAAGAGGGGCAGCCCCAAGGCAGAUUCCCCGGGCACCCUGGCCCUGACGCCUGCAGCCCCGGGGGCUGGCCUCCUGGGCCCCUCCCACUCCUACUCCUCCUCCCCGCUGAGCCUCUUCCGUCUGCAGGAGCAGUUCCGCCAGCACAUGGCCGCCACCAACAACCUGGUGCACUACUCCUCCUUUGAAGUGGGGGGCCCGGCCCCUGCUGCCGCUGCAGCCGCCGCCGCUGCUGCUGUGCCCUACCUGGGCGUUAACGUGGCCCCGCUGGGAUCACUGCACUGCCAGUCCUACUACCAGUCGCUGUCAGCGGCCGCCGCUGCCCACCAGGGCGUGUGGGGGUCCCCACUGCUGCCUGCGCCCCCUGCAGGCCUGGCACCUGCCUCGGCCGCCCUGAACAGUAAAACCACAAGCAUCGAGAACCUGCGGCUUCGGGCCAAGCAGCAUGCAGCAUCCCUGGGACUUGAUACGCUGCCUAACUGA